CUUAUGUUAGUUGGCAUAGCAAGCUAAGUGACUUUCGAGGUAACAUGGCGCGAAUCGUGUAUUUUAUAUAUCUGUUGAUGUUUAUCUUUCUAAUGUCAAAUCUUGUGAGCCCGUCAGAAACAAAACAGAACCUAGAGGUAAGACUGAAAAAUGCUACUAGGCACUAGUGAUCACCAAGUUAACUUAACUUUCGUAGAGUUUUUACAGAGCGGAAUUUCCUUUCUUGUCCACAUGCAACAAAAUGAAUCUUAACUUUUUACCCUAGCACUUGGUAUGCAUGAGUUCUGGGUUGCCAGUUUAAGCUAUUCAUAACAAACACUUUUCUAUUUGAAAGUCUCACUUUUUAAUUGAAAUUGAUAGAUCCGUCACCCGCAAACGACUUAUUUUAAGACAAAACUGUGGCUUUUCUUAGUCUCAAAUUCUUCGAGAAGAAAAAAAAGCUCUUGAAGUUGGUGCCAUUUGAAAACUGAACCUCUCACUUUGUAACGGCCAUAUUCAGAAGCAAUCAAUUUACAAACUUGUGUAAUCAUUGUUUUAAAACCGAAAAUGCUCUACCCUUUCCUGAAAAAAUGAGAUGUCAUAUUACAUCCCUACUUUCCUACCGAAAGGUCACCUUUCGGCGAUGAAGACUUUUCUCUAAUCAAGGGCGGUUGUAGACAGGUUUUACUGUAUUACUGAGUGCGUCUAUAGGAAAAUCUUAUCAAGACUUUUCCUUUUCCAAUGAAGAGAACUUUGUCAAAUGUCGACAUGGCUACACCUGAUUUAAAGUCAUACAUAGGAAAGAAGGUCAAACACGCUAAAACGAUGGAGAUGAACAAGAGAUUAACGGAUGGCGAUGAACCUGGAGAAGAGAGAAAAAGUAAGUUUAAGUAAGUUUUUCCGCUCCACGUGAAACAAAAGAGGCGUGAAAUUUUACGGAGUUUAAGCAACCACGACAUUAUCGACAGCCGGUAUUGCAAAAGGCGGUACUAAAAGCCAAUAAUUGUUAAGUAAAACAAUUCAGUCUUUCACACCUGCGCGCAUGGUAUAUAUUUGGUGCAUUUUUCUAUGAGGAGGUGAAAGAGGCUUUUGCGUGAUCGAUACGGGAUGAAGUGUUUUUAAAUUUCGUGAAAGGCGAUAUACAAAAUUAAAAUCCAUGAAAUACUGUCCUUUUACCCGGAAUUUUAAUCACCGUGCUGCGUUUGCUGCUUUUUAAUGUCCCUGAAACGUGCGUAGGAACUCUCCCCAAUUACCCACUCUUCUACUGCGCUCUGCAAAACAACAACGUGAUCAAAUGAUUCAAUUCUAGGUUUCAAAGCAGUUUGUACAGACACAACUCUUCGUGAACUUAAAAUUCCUCAUCAGGAAACUUUUGAUUUAGUCGCAUCGCAUUCGGAAAUAAGACACGUAUUGAUUUUUAAAAAGGAAUGCCUAAUCAGGCUUUUUUCAAUUGACAUCUUCUUUGAAAUAUCUUUGUCAUGCGCUAUUAAAUCCUACGGUCACGGUUUAGUUUUGAAAGGAAAAUCAAGAAAGAGGAUAUUUUCUUUCUGAACAAUUUUUCGCCUUGUUUGUGAUUGGUUUAAUACAGCAAACCAUUAAGCAGCCGAAAUAAAAGAAAAUUAUGGUGUAAUUUAAAACUCUCGCUUCUCCAUUUAAUAAUAACGAAAGGCUUCCCAUUAAUUAAAUAAUUUCUUCAGCAUGCAACAUGUUUGUAUUAAGUGGUUUCGCAAAAAUGAAACCACACCAUGUUUCUGCGGACAACUACCAAUUAUCGCAAACCAAUCAUCAUCAAACUGAAAAGAUCCCCUGAACUUUUGAUAUUGGUGCCGAGCUUAAGCAAAGACGUUUUUUAAGCGACGCGCGCGUCAACCGAAAGUGGACCUUUUGCAUUCUUUGGCAGUAAUAGAGAGUUUAAGCGUCAUGUUUACGUCAAUUUGUACCACGUGACCAAGUUUCCCUUUUGCUUGUCGCCUACUGUUCAUUAUUUCUACACGUAAAUUAGUAGUUUCACCCAAUUUUUUAUCCAUAAGAAUUUUCUGAGCUGUUUUUAUCUGCUCAUUUUCUAUUUUGAAUAAUUCGAAACUUGAAUCUGACUUUUGCCGUUUGCCGUAUACGUGAAGCUUAAAGUCUCUAUUUUCGCCCAAAAUUUUCGGGCUAAUCGCCUUUAAAAGAGAGCAAAGACACUUAGCAAUAAAAUUUUAUAGAGUCAAGGAUUAUUAUUAAGAGAAAGCUUUCAUUCGGCUGGUUGACGUGAGUUGCUCCCUAUUAAGAACGACUGCCGGACUGACUUAUUUGAAAAAAUUAAACAGCAACGAAAAACACUGUUUUGUAGCCUUUCAUUUGAAUUGUUACAAUUUAUUAGGACAGAUCUAAGUCGAGUAGGACUCCAAAAGCUAGAAUUCAUAUAAAAAUGAGCACUUUUAACCUUUUCACGUCUGGCUGUUGGUACAGGAGCUCUUAAACUGCCUAUGCAGUAUUGUCGCCCCUAUCCAACUAUUGUGGAAGUAGACCAGGAAAGGCUUUACUGGCCGACCUUUGUGGAGUUACACCGUUGUGCAGGUGGAUGCUCUUCAGGUAAGUUAUUCUUUUUAUUGGAGAGAUAUUAGGUAUAGAGAGAUUAAGUAUUACGUUUACGUAGUCUACUUUAAUUUGCACCACGUGACCAAAUUUUCCCUUUACAUGGCGUUUAAUGUUGAUUAUAUCCACAAAAAAGUUAGCCUGGAUUUCAGACAUUAUUUCGUGUCGCUUACUCCCCCACUGGACGGCAUCAACGGCCUGUCGAUUUAGAGGUUACCGAGGGGGUAAGCGCCUCAAGGUAAUGUCUGAAAUUCAGGCUACACAAAAGUUACAAAUUUCGCGCCAGGUUCAUCACACAAGAAUUACCGUAUUUAUUCGAUUAACCGCCCUGGGCGCUUAUUAAAUUUUUGGACUUCGAGAGUGGGCACUUACUCGAGGUGGGCGCUUAUUCGAGGCUGGGCGCUUGUUAAAUUUUCAGCAUUUUCAGCAAGUGUAUUAUGUUUAUUUUGCAACAAAACAAUAAAUGGUAAUAACAAAACUCGAAGAUGUAACAAGUCAAGGUUCAUGUAAAAUACUUUGAAGAAAACUCCGUCUUCGGGGAAGUCUCUUAUUAGUACUUGUUCAAUUUUUGGGGGUGGAGUGGGGGUGGUCGCUUAUUUGAGUUUGAAUGGAGGUGGGAGGGAAGUGGAGUGGGCGCUAAUUCGAGGUUGGGCGCUUAUUCGAAUAAAUACGGUAUUUCAGACAUUUUUUGUCUGCUCAUUCACAAAUUUGAGAAAUUGCUAACUUGAAUCUGACGUUAACCAGUUGCUGUAAAAGUGAUGCUAAACCUCUCUAUUAAAAGCACCGUUUACUGCAAGCGGCAGAGAUGAGAUCAUGUAUCAAUUGCGUUUCCAGUCCAUUUUUGGUUCACGCGUAGCUUAAGCACAAGACGCGAUGAUUAGCGAUAAAAUUACUAUAAACCAACGCACAUAUAAAUGUAACGAACACGAAUUGCGCUCUGCUCUUUGAUCUUUCACAAAAUGACACGCACUUGUUUCCAUUUUUUAGCCCUUCAGUGUACAAUGGGAAAACAAGAAGAGGUUACUAUCAGUGUCAAGGAUAUCAACAAUGACUUAAAUCAAACCGAAAUUUCUCUGAGUAAUCAUACAGCCUGCAACUGUAGCUGCAACCAAGAGUGUAAUAGUGCGACGCAAAGGCUCAACCAGGAUAGCUGUAGCUGCGAAUGCAUCGAAGAUGGAAGCCAUUGUGAGGAGGCAAAUAAGAAGUGGAUUAAAGGACUCUGCAAGUGCGAAUGUCGGCUGCGCCCUAAUUGUCGUUGGUCAGAAACGUGGAGUGAAUCUUUAUGCAAGUGCGAGGAGAGUGGUGCAUCCAUCCGGGGCUUGUUUUGAAUCAUGAACUUCUAACUGUAUUUUAAAUACCAAGACUUGCUAAAAAUGUAAUAAAAGUUAAUUUUAACGUCUGUUCCCCCUUUUUGUAGUUUUCU